UUGGUGUCUGCCCACUACACGUUGGCACUUUAUGCUUAACUAUAUUAGGCGCGCGUCGAUCGAAUUGGUGCGUAAUCAUAAUCAUCAAGACAUUGGAUUGGCUAGGGUUUGAUGGAUGACACAUCACCAUGGGAAAGCUACUAUCAAAAAUUUUCGGCAACAAAGAGAUGCGAAUUCUCAUGCUCGGGCUGGACGCGGCGGGCAAAACAACGAUCCUGUACAGACUCAAACUAGGGCAAUCGGUUACAACGAUACCCACUGUGGGCUUCAAUGUCGAAACUGUGACGUAUCGGAAUGUCAAGUUCAAUGUGUGGGACGUUGGUGGGCAGGAUAAAAUUCGACCGCUCUGGAGGCACUACUACACAGGUACACAGGGUCUUAUUUUCGUAGUGGACUGUGCGGAUCGAGAUCGAAUAGACGAAGCCCGCACGGAACUGCAUAGGAUAAUUAACGAUAGAGAGAUGCGGGACGCCAUCAUACUGAUAUUUGCUAACAAACAGGAUCUUCCUGAUGCAAUGAAACCCCAUGAAAUCCAGGAAAAACUAGGCUUAACUAGAAUAAGAGAUCGCAAUUGGUAUGUCCAACCAUCAUGUGCCACAACCGGCGAUGGCCUAUCUGAGGGCCUCACGUGGUUAACGUCUAACCAUAAGUUAUGAGAAUCAUAAUCCAGAUUUUGUAUAUGUAUAAUGGCAUGUAUUAUUCGAAGCGAAGCAAAAGCAAAAAUAUUCUAUUUUAUUUAUACAACAAAACAAAAGAAAAACAUAACGCAAGCGCAUAGUUAAAAGCCCAAUAAUGAACGUACAUAAAUUAAA